AUUCCGCCACAAAGUCCCUCUAUCAAAUGUCCGUAACCGGUGUUGUGCGUUAAGAGUGUCCCAGAUCUGCUCAUCCACCGGAAACGUCUCAAGUCCUCCGUAGUCGUCCGGUGUGGUAUCUCCGUCAAUUCAUGUGUUCCUUGGGUGUAAUUUGUUGGGUGAAGUAUGUUAAUUGGCAGCUGCAUCAAUUUUACUUAAAAAAAGAAGGGACUUUUGUUUUAGCAUAUUCUUCGCCGGGUAUUUGAUCUGUGUGGUUAUUGGUUUUGGCUUGAUUUGUUCGUGCUUCCAGGAAGAAGUGCAACUAGUUGUAUGUUCGGCAUGUGUGUUUGUGAGAUUGGUCGCAUAGUCGCGCCUCAAUCCGACACAUCAAUUUCAGAAUAUAUACGGAGCUAAUUAAAAAGCAGAAAAUGUCGUUCGUCAAUGGCGUCUCCAUAGAUCAAUAAUCUUCAACUCACCUUCAAUCUAUAUAUAGAUAUGAACAUAUAUUUCUUACGCAAUGUAUGAUGACUGAUGUGAGGGUUGCGUGAGACUGUGAGAGUGAGACUCACGCCAUUGAAGCACUUUGGAUUCGAAUUCCGCGAAAUAUGUCUCAGGCUAACGAGUCGAGUACGGCGUGGGGAGAGGGUUUCUCCGGUGAAGCUGGCGAUGCCGGAGGGCGGUACAAACCGAUUUACUCGGCCGCGGCCGGGAUGGGCGGGGGAGGUGUGAGGGAAGCGGCGGUGCCUAGGAAAACUGGCGGGGAGCAUUUGAGAUUCCACGCGGUGGAGUUCGCCAAGGGUUUCGCCGAGAUGAGUGUGGAGUUCGGGAAGGGGGUGAAGGAUGUGGUGAUGCAGACGGUGGUGUCUGAGGACUCCAUGAUUGGGAAGAAGCUGAGAGGGGCGUGCCAGAAAAUUUCCAGGAAAUUGAGAUUUCUGAACGAAUAUUUGCCAGAGGAUCGGGAUCCAGUUCAUUCAUGGAGUGUGAUUUUCUUCGUCGCAAUAAUUGCUUCUGCAGCAUUGAUGGUAAGUGAUGAUGCGGUUACUAGAUCCACUUCGGUAAAGAAAGUAAAUAAACAUCCUCCUGGUGCAAGUCAAAUUUUACUUCCAGAUGGUAGACAUUUAGCAUAUCGGGAACAAGGCGUUCCGCCCAAUCAAGCCAGAUUUUCUUUGGUCUCUGCACAUUCUUUUCUUUCAUCCAGGCUUGCAGGAAUACCUGGCAUCAAGGUUUCACUGCUGCACGAAUUUGGUGUUCGCUUGGUGACAUAUGACCUUCCUGGAUUCGGAGAAAGUGAUCCUCAUCCCAACAGGAACCUCGAGUCAUCAGCAAUGGAUAUGCUACACUUAUCAUAUGCUGUGAAUAUUACUGACAAAUUUUGGGUGGUAGGAUUCUCUAGUGGAAGUAUGCAUGCCUGGGCUGCACUUCGAUAUAUUCCUGAUAGGGUUGCUGGUGCAUUCAUGGUUGCUCCAAUGAUCAAUCCGUAUGAACCAAGCAUGACAAAGCUGGAGGUACAAAACAUGUGGAAGAAAUGGACGAAGUGGAAGAAGUUUAUGUAUAUGCUAGCUCACAGGUUCCCCAGUCUACUUCCUUUGUUCUAUCGUAGAACCUUUUUGUCUGGAUUUCAUGGUCCCAUAGACGAACGGCUCUCGUUGUCACUUGGAACAAGGGAUAGAGCUUUGACAGAGAGCCCAUUGUUUGAAACAUUCUGGCAACGAGAUGUUGAAGAAUCCAUCCGACAGAAGAAUGUAAGACCCCUUGUUGAGGAAGCUGUUUUACUGGUUUCAGACUGGGGCUUCAGACUUGUGGAUCUCAAAGUAAAGAGGAAGAAGCUGGGGAAAGGCAUACUUAAGUGGAUUAAAUCUUUGUAUGGUCAAACUGAAGGAAGUUUGAGUGGAUUUGUUGGCCCAAUACAUAUAUGGCAGGGAAUGGAAGACAUGGUGGUGCCUCCAUCAGCAAGUCAAUAUUUGCGCCGAGUUCUGCCCGAUGCAAUGGUGCAUUCAAUCCUCUACGAAGGCCAUUUCACUUAUUUCUACUUCUGCGACGAGUGCCACAAACAGGUAUUUAGUACCGUUUUCGGAGACCCUCAAGGCCCUAUCAUCCCAGAAGUUGUCCAAGUCCAAACCCCCAUCCAAGAUGAAGAAACUCCUCCUGUCAAAGAUGAUGACGAAGAGACUGGGGAGGUAGUAGGUCUUGGAGACAUAACCACAGAUGAAAAAGUUGUCGAUUCUGAUCCAGUAUGACAUUUCAGGUACAAUUACUUUACAGGUUUUGCUUAUACCGAACCAACAGAUUUACAGAUCCUCCUCUGUUGCAUCUUCGUUCCGGAACUUUGUGGAUGAUUAGGUUCUAAGAGCGGGAUAUGUGUAGAAUGCAAGAAUACAAAACAAUUACUACAUGUAUGUAUAUUAUCCUAUACUUGCUCUAAUUACAGGAGAUCAUUGAGGGCCAAUGGUCUUGUUUCAAUCAUGGUUUCUGAGGGUAGUGAUGUUGUGAUUGUUGUCAUGCCCCUCAAUUGGUAAUGUCACCCCUUAAUACAAUGACUAGUGUCUC